AUGCCAUAUUAUACAGUUUUGCAAGGUCAUAACCCUGGAGUUUAUGCCAGUUGGUCAGCUUGUCAGAAAGAAAUCACAGGCUUCCACAACGCUCUUUUUAGAAAAUUCGAUUCAAGUGAAGAGGCCCUCAAAUUUUUGGCUAAGGGAGGCAAAGUGGAGAAUGUAUUUGUUGACGGGGCCUGUCGAGGCAAUGGGAGGAGCAGUCGUCCUGAGGCAGGAUAUGGUGUCUAUUAUGGACCAGGUGAUGAUCGUAACGCCGCGAUACCAUUGGAUGCGGCUAUUAAACCAACCAAUCAACGUGCUGAGUUGAUGGGUUUGAUUCAUGCAUUAAGAAACGUUUAUCAAGAAUUAAUGCACGAGACUGCUAGACGACCAACUCGAAUUCUUUCGGAUUCUCAAUAUUCCGUUCGAAGCUUUAAUGAGUGGAGUGAUAAAUGGAGAAGAAAUGGUUGGACGAAUGUGAAGGGUGAAACUAUAGCUAAUGCCACUUUGAUUCAAGAAUUAGUCAACUUGAAGGAUCGGAUAAACAGUCAAUACUCUUCUAAAGGAUGGUCUAAUAUAGUAGCGGAACAUGUAGAAGGUCACGCUGGUAAUUUGGCAAAUGAAGAAGCUGAUAGAUUGGCCAACUUGGGUGCCGAUUAG